UAUGAGCUUAUGAGCUGUGCAAACAGGUUUUGUGCUAAUUUUCCAACUCAUCGUCAUCAGACCAGAGCACUAGUCAAUGCUCGUGCUGAAAUGGCCGGAUUUUCCUGCAGCGCAAUUUUAGCACUCUAUCUAACCGCGAUAACGUUUCCUGAAGGAGACGCUCUGAGCGUGAACCGUGAUAAAGCUACUACAUCGCCUAGUAGUAACACGUCGCUAGCACAUGUUAAAACUCCGACGUCAAUUCCCACUUCAAAUGGAUAUGUGCAAGAUCAGAAACCAACCGCCAGUGGAAACAACGACCUAUAUACCGAGGAUUCAGAUAUGUACAAAUUGAGAAUCGAGAUUAUCAAAGCCAAAAUACUUAAAAAACUUCAAAUGGACAAACAACCAGUCGUCCACAUAGAAAAAACAAAGGACAAAAUGAUCGCAGACCUUCUUUUAAGUUUAAAUCUUAUUGAUAUGAAUGACGAUGACAGUGAAACGGAAGAGUACGAAGACAGAAAGUAUGACAAGACGAGCAAACUCAUUGUUUUCGGCGAAAAAGCUAAAGUUUCACCUUCGAAAUCAAAGCGCAAAUUUUCCGAGAAGUUGAUUUUCCAGUUUAGAAUUGAGCCAAAAUCGCUGUCCAGUUUAGUGCCCUCUGCGUUUCUGUGGGUUCAUAAACGGAAAAGCAGACAACACGAGCUAAGGAAGAAAACACUUCACAUUUAUGCACAUGACAAAGAGUCACCCAGAGGCACCUCCAAAGUACCAAUCCGCAGAACGACGAAGACCAAGUUAAAAUCAAAACGAACUGGCUCAGGAUGGGAAAUGAUAGACGUGAAAGAAAUCGUUCGGCACUGGUUUAACAAGACAGCUAACCAAUACGAUGCUGGCAAUGGAACUGGCAAUGGAACCGACAAUGGCGUACAGGCCUUAGAAAUCUCUUGCCUGGACUGUGAUUCGAACGUUAGUCAGCUAAUCAACUCGCGAGGCAGACUAAGGCCAUUUCUCGUUAUCGACUUAGAGAAGCCAAGAACACUGAAGAGGAAAAAACGCGAAGAUAACGGUUGCCCUGCCGGGCAAGCAGUAUCGUGCUGUCGCCGCACUUUUUACGUGGAUUUCGUCAAAAUUGGCUGGGAUUGGGUAAUACAUCCGCAGGGAUUCUAUGCCAAUUUCUGUGAAGGUUCUUGUGACAGCCUUCAUACGAGAGUUACUAGUGAACGAGCCAUCAUACUGCAAGAGGCGGCAAAAAAAAACCUGGGUCCACCUGCUUACACUGGUAGUUGUUGCUCCCCCACAAAAAUGUUGCCCUUUUCAAUGCUGUACUGGGACGAUGAGUAUAACAUUGCAAAAAAGGACCUACAAGAUUUGAAAGUUAAAGAAUGUGGCUGCUCUUAAAAUGCAAAGGAAGACAUAAGUAGAGCCAUUGACAUCCGCAGACGCGUUUAGCUUAUUGAGUCUAAAGGUAACAAGGCUGUUUGAAAGUUAGCUAUCUAUUUUUGAAGCAAAUUUUUUGACGUGGGAUGUUGGAUGUUUAGAUUUAAGAUGAGAAAAAAAAAGGUGACUUUAGUCUUCAUAUAUAAAUUCCUCAAAAGAGUACAGAAGAGAAAUAUGAUAGCCUCUUCAAUACCCCGAGGCAUUAUACCUCUGAAGUGACGAUUUUAUUGGUUUUGAUACGUAAAUACCUUGAUCAUUUAACCUCUUCGAAUUCACGUAGAAGUGCAAUGUUGCUAUUUGAUAUCGAGCUUAAUGCUCAUCUAGGGCUUUGAUUUAUUUUUGCACGCUAAAGAAACAAACAUAACUGAUAGAGUAGAGUAUUUAAGACGAUGAACUGACCCCUUGUAGCGCCACGUGUAUGAUGCCCUUCGAUGGACAUAAACUAUUGUGAUGUGAUAAUUUGCUAAUUCCGGUGGCGCUGCGAGAUAAUUCGGGUGUUGAUGUCCAUCUCAAUCACGCCUAUCUUAAUACCAAAUUGAAACUGGAAAUGGCAAAUUUAUCUUACAAAAGAACAACUGAUCAUCGGCAAACAAGGGAUAUAUAUACAUGUAUGUUAGGAAUGACGCUCUGUGGGGUUGUCUGAACAUUGAGGUCUUCCAUAUGCAAAGCAUUGCGGAAAACCAUUACUAAAUGUAUCACUUUGCAUGCAAAGUAGGUUUCUAAAACCAUUGUUUAAGGAUGGUUGAAAAGACAAAUUGAAAGCAGAAGCAAUAUCAAAACCCUGUUGAUCAAUACUGAUUGUUGAGAAAUAAUUGUUAGACCAGGAGCAAGGGAAGGGGGUUGAUGGCUGACUCCUAACAUUGAAAUUCUCCGUCUGAAAUACUACCUAAUUCAAGUUUAUGGUUCUUAAUUCGGUAGUGGUUUCAUAUCAUUUGAGAAGGAAGGGCUAACAAAUUUUUUUCAGGUGAUAGGUGGUUAAUACCCCAAAGUUCAGUAACACUUCCCCAACCAACGGACCUUUGCGAGGAAACCGUCUCCCUAUGAAAGACAAAGAACCCAAGUCUGACUUAGAGAAAUAAAUACUUUGAUAUUUUAAACAGCCUCAUUUCUUCCUGAAACCUGGCACUCAAGUGCUGUUUAAUAUGUUCUUAAAUGCAAGGUAAAAAUCUGAAAGUUGUUCUGCAUUAUACUACUAUUAACUCACUUGUUGUGCGCUCAAAAAAGCGGCCGGCGGAAUGAUUUGAAAUUUUUCGUAAAUUUAGAGAGUAUAUAAUGUGGCACAGCCGUUUGAAAAAAACUUUUUGUAAGGUAACUUGGUGAGAUUUUCUGUGACGAGUGUGUUAGUUUUUUUUAAUUUUAGACCUGUGAGGCAACUUAGAAUGUUUAGUAGGCAAGAAAAACACACGAUUUUUCAAUAAAGUAUUGUUUUCAUCCUA